AUGGGCGUGCUGGGCGCGCUGGGCGCGCUUCCGGCCGACGUGGACGUCUCCGUGGGGUCGGUGCUGCCGGAAGCACGCGCGCUCAAGGGCCGCCUAGAGAGCUCAACUCUCAAUGCCUCUCUGAGGCCACCCUGGGCGGAGCGCACGCCACUCAUCGCCCCAGCGGUCCUGUAUAUCGCUGGAGGGAUGCGGAGUGAGCUCUCGAGGGCGCGAAGGGGGGGAAAGGAGGUGGAACGGGGCCGGUUGGGAUGGUGCAGCGGCGGCUGCCGCGGCAGCGUGGGAGAGGCCCGCGGCCGUGCAGCACCACGCACCGAGGCGCUGCUGGCGGGAGCCAAGAAGGACUCGUAA